AUGGACAAUGCGAGCUGUUACAACCCCAGCUCCUUUAUCCUUCUUGGAAUACCUGGCCUGGAAGCGUUUCAUGUCUGGAUCGGGAUUCCCUUUUGUGCCAUCUAUGUUGUGGCUAUUGCGGGCAAUGGCAUCCUCCUCUACCUCAUUGCAGUUGAGUACAGCCUCCAUGAGCCCAUGUUUUUCUUCCUGUCUAUGCUGGCCACCACAGAUCUUAUCUUGUCCACAGCCACUGUGCCUAAACUGCUCAAUAACCUCUGGCUUGGCUUCCAAGAAAUAAGCUUCUCUGGCUGUCUCACUCAGAUGUUCUUCCUCCACUUCAGCUUUGUGGUGGACUCUGCCAUCUUGUUGGCCAUGGCAUUUCAUCGCUACGUGGCCAUCUGCUUCUCCUUGAGAUACACCACCAUCCUCAACCCACAGCUGAUCGUCAAGUUGAUGGUGACCAUUGUGGUGAGGAGUUUCUUGAUUAUUGUGCCAGAUGUUUUUCUGGUAAGACGUUUACCCUUUUGCCGGACACGCAUCAUCCCACACACCUACUGUGAGCACAUAGGCAUUGCUCGGCUUUCUUCUGCUGAUAUCUCCAUCAAUAUCUGGUACAGAUUUGCUGUGCCUCCCAUGACAGUUGUCUCUGAUGUCAUCUUUAUCGGUGUUUCCUAUAUCUUCAUCCUCCGUGCUGUUUUUCAGCUCUCAUCCCAGGAUGCCCGCCAAAAGGCCCUGAGCACCUGCGGGUCCCACAUCUGUGUGAUUCUCAUGUUUUACACACCUGCCGCCUUCUCCGUCCUUGCCCAUCGCUUUGGACACAGUGUCCCUCAAAAUGUACUCAUCCUGUUUGCCAAUUUCUAUGUGGUCAUUCCUCCUGCCCUAAAUCAUAUUGCUUAUGGAGUAAAGACUAAACAAAUCCACGAAAAAUUUGUUCUGCUCUUCUCAUUUCAGAAGAAACAAUGA